AAAUCACAGUUCAAUAAUUACUUAAAAAUUGUGUUACAUGUACUAAUAAAAUAUCUAAUAACAAUAUAGAAGAUAAUUUUCCCAUCUAUCUAAUAAAAUGAGUUUCCUUUUCCUAAACACAACCCCAAGUUCCAUUCGACUUUUCAAAUUAGGCCCAUGACAAAUAAGGCCUAUAUCAAAACCCACAAGUAGGAUCCGGAUCCAAAGGUCCACCGGCACUGAGAAGCCACAGCGACUUUGUCAUCGUCAAGUCAUUUUUUCUGAAACGCAACUUGGCGAAAACUCCAAACAAACAAAACUUUCAUUUUCUCCCUACAAGUAUACAUACAUGAUAUAAAUACAUCAAAUGAAUUCAUCGCACUACAUGAACAAGCAGAUCAUGGAUCUAUCGAAUUCCCAGAAUAACAACAACAACAAUAAUGACUUUAUCGAUCCUCAGGCGGACCAUCACCUUACCGCCGGCGGCAAUCCGAAGAAGGACGAUGUCACGCCCCAAAAUCCCAUCGGGCCGGACCGGCACCCGAAGCCGAGAAGGCCCGGGAGAACCCGUUCAAAUACCUGUACUUUCACUUACAUGUCACCAAAAAUUGGACAAUACUUCGUUGUACGGGGUGUUACAGACGAUAUUGUUCUGAGUUACGAAUUUCAUCCGAUUCGCCCAAUUGGAUCUUCAUCGCCCAAAUGUAACAUUGAUUCUAGUACUAUUGGUCCAGCUAGGGCUUGGAAUUCUGCGGAUUCUAAAAACAAUACUGAGAGUAGUAUCAGAAAUUAUGGUUCUCUUGACACGAUUGAACCUGCCAAAGUUAUUGUGGAGAAAGAUGUGGGCAGUGUUUAUUCAUCUUUGUUAUCAGAAAUUGAUCAUACAGUUAAGAAGUAUACCGAUAAUCUUCUACAUGCAAUGGAAGGAGUGAGUGCUCACUUAUCACAGUUAGAGACUAAAAGUCGUCAGAUUGAUAACUCUGUUGAUAAACUCAAAUUAUCUGUUGGUAACAACCAUGGUGUCACUGAUGGAAAAUUGAGACAACUGGAAAAUAUUCUCAGAGAAGUGCAAGAUGGUGUUCAGGUGAUAAGAGAUAAAAUGGAAAUAAUGGAUGCUUAGCUGCAGCUCAUGAAAUCGCAAGCUCCAAAAUUUGAGCAGCAAACAGAAGCCCACAAUACCACACAUACAGAUUCAUCCCAUCCUAUAGCAUCUGCUCCUCUUCAUUCUCACCAGCAAUUUCCUCCUGUUGCUCUUAUACAACCAUCUUCCACCCUAUCUCCUCCUAAUUUUUCCACCCCUUCCUCAACAGAAUUUGCCAUACCAAGUUCAGCUUCAGAACCAGUUUCCCCAGAAUCCAAUUCCCUCCCAUCCUCAGCCAGAAGCUUAUUAUCCGCCAGCUGGUCAAGCACCAGAAAACCUAAGUCAGCAAUACCAACUGCCUGCAGCACAGCAGCAUCAGACUCCCCCACCAGCUGUACGUCAGCAACAUCAGCCUGUCCCUCAACCAAACUACUCUCAGCCACCUCCACCUCAACAUUCUCAACCACAUCUCCUUCAUUCCUUGUUAAUCCGUCACAACCUCAACAACUUCUAGUUGGCCAUCACCGUGAAGAGACACCUUUUGUACCAUCUCAGACUUAUCCACCACCAAGCAUCCGCCAACCUCCUUAUCCAUCUAGUGGAGCCCCUCCAUCCCAGCAGUUAUAUGCAACUCCCCUUAAUAUGUUUGAGCCCGCAUCUGGCAGUCCUGGUCUUGGAUAUUCUGGUGUAUAUGGACCAUCCUCUAUGCCUGGUGAACCUUAUCCUUAUAGCAGUUCCCCACACCAGUAUGGUAGUGGCUCCUCAAUGAAACCAACACAAGCUUCCCUACCUGCAAUGGGCCAGAGCGGUUUAAGUGGCUAUCAACAGAUCCCCACUGCAAGGAUAUUACCUCAAGCGCUACCUGCUGCUUCUGUUGUUAGUAGUGGGCCUAGUUCUCCUGGUACUGGUAAUAGGGUUCCUAUCGAUGAUGUUGUUGACAAAGUUACACUCAUGGGAUUUCCAAGCGACCGAGUAAGGGCAACAGUGCGGAGGUUGACUGAGAGUGGACAGGCAGUGGAUUUGAAUACGGUGUUGGACAAGUUGUGUAACACCCCGUACUUAAUUACGUGCAUUAGUCAUUGUUAUAUGUGUUGGAGUAUAUGUAUUGAUCCUAAGUUAGGUAUAUAUGAGUUUAAGUAUGAGUAUUGAUUAUUUUGAGA